AUGGGUUGGUUUUGGGCGCCUACAACACAACCUUCUGUUGCAAACUCUGCGGCUACAGGCUCCGCAAAGUGUCCGGUGGACCACUCCAAGCUGGCGGCGUGUCCCGUGGUUCACAAGGGUGGCCAGGACACAGAGUUAAAUCCUCUCAACAACAUGCCGUACCUGCUUCCGGAGGAGAAAGCACCUGGCCAGAAGCUCGAUCUCCCUACAGAGAGAACGCUGUCGACCAUCCCGCGCGGAGAAGUCAAGGACGAGGGCGUUUGGGAGUAUCCAUCGCCGCAGCAGAUGUUCAACGCCAUGAUCCGCAAGGGUAAGGGAGACGUUCCCGAGGAUGCUGUUGAGAGCAUGGUAAACAUCCACAAUUUCCUGAACGAAGGAGCUUGGAGCGAGAUCCUGAAGUGGGAACAGCCCCACACAGAAGAAACCAAGCAGGAGCCCCGGUUACUAAAGUUCACGGGCAGACCGCACGACAUGACUCCAAGAGCCCGGUUCUACCAGUUGAUGGGCCGUAUUUUCCCAGACAAGUACGGCACCGAGCCGCCGUUUGACAGACACGACUGGACCGUCUUGCGGAGCGACGGGGCCGGCGGCUGGGAGAAAGUGCGCUACGUGAUCGAUUACUAUGGCGGCCCGGAGGACUCUGACGGAAUGCCAACGUUUUUCCUCGACGUGCGUCCGGCACUCGACUCUUUUGGCAACGCCCGCGACAGACUCGACUUCUGGAUCAAGGAAACAAAGUCCACCUGGGACGAGUCUCUGGGAAGAGCCUGA